CUCAAUAUACCAGAUUCCAACGCAUGCUCUUCCCCCUCAUAUUAAAUCUCUAGCAGAAACUCCCUCCCCCUCUUCAUCAUCUCCUUCCUCCUAUAUAAAAGUCUUCACAUUCUCAUUCAACCCUCCUAUCACUAUUUUUACCAGCAGAAGUCCUCUUGGGCUUCUCCCUUCCCAUUUCCUCCCUCUUGCACGGAACCAAAUAGCCUGCCAUGGAAGGAGAUGAAUGCAACAUUAGCCUUGGGCUUGCAAUAGGUGGUGGUGGGCUCUUCUCCUCUAACCAGAGUCGCAACAAUGGCCGGAAGCCUCCUGUUCAAUUCCACGUCCUAUUUCCCCCCCAGCCGAAAGGAGAAGAGGAAGAAGAAGAGCCGAUAACAGAAGAACAACAUGUAAACAAAUCGAGAUCAAGAUCCAAGAACAUCGAUGAAGAGGAGGAUACCAGCACCAAGGAUAUGAGUGAUGGCGUCAGCAACCAAGUUGGCAUGAGGAAGAAGCUCCGGCUCACUAAAGAACAGCUAACGUUGCUUGAAAACAGCUUUCAAGAGCACAACACCCUUAAUUCGACCCAGAAACAGGCACUGGCCGACCAAUUAAACCUCCGGUCUCGACAAGUUGAAGUCUGGUUCCAGAAUAGAAGAGCUAGGACUAAAUUGAAGCAGACUGAGGUGGACUGUGAAUUCCUCAAGAAGUGCUGCGAGAACCUAAGCAACGAGAACCGGAGGCUAAAAAGAGAACUGGAAGAGCUGAAGUCGAUGAAGCCCGGGUGUCCGUUCUACGUCGGCAUCCCAAAGGUGGCGACACUGAACUUGUGCCCAUCCUGCGAGCGGACCGUGGCGGCCGGCAGUGAAAAAGGAAACGGUGAUCUGGAUGCCAUGAAAAGCCAACGGGUCCCUCUAAAGAAUGGACUUGUCGGCCUUCAGAACUAAGAAGUAAUACAAGGUUGAAGACAUACAAUUAGGACAUAUAUAGAGGAAAGGUCUAUUUGGUGAAAUUUGUAUAUAU